UAUAGCCUGCAAACCUCCAGGAGCCCGCAGUGAAGCACUUUGGCUCAACGCUUCUCAAGGGGAGGAAUCACAACCAUUUACUACUCAUCCUCACAAACUAUCCCCUCUUUUAAGCAACUUUUCCGUCAACCAAAAACCAGUCGUGGCACAAACGAGCGCACGUCGCAGUGCAGCCUGCUCGUUCCUCCAUGAAAGAAGGAGUGCACCAGCAAGUUUGGGGAACCGACAUGUCUGCCGCCGUCUUGUCCGCCUUCUACGACAUGGACAUGCUUUACAAGCAGGAUAAAAGCACGAACAUGAACGCCCUCCACAUCAACAACAUGCUGGACAAGAAGGCAGUGGGAGCCCCGGUCGCCGCUGCGGGCACCGGUGGCGCCUUCACGCCGGGAUUUUUCCGCAGAAACUCCACCAGCAACUUGGAGGCGCUGAACAACGGCAACAAAUUCAACAUCCUGAAGGAGAACACGCCGAGCGGGACGACCUCCCUCAUGAACAAGGAAAACAAGUUCCGUGACCGCGCUUACAGCGAGAACGGAGAGCGGGCCGUGCUGCAGCAGAAGGCCGGCUCUCAGAUCAACUCCACCCGCUACAAGACCGAACUGUGCCGGCCCUUCGAGGAGAACGGCUCCUGCAAAUACGGCGAGAAAUGCCAGUUCGCCCACGGCUACCAUGAGCUGAGAAGCUUGUCCCGCCACCCUAAGUACAAAACGGAGCCGUGCCGCACCUUCCACACCAUCGGCUUCUGCCCUUACGGUCCCCGGUGUCACUUCAUCCACAACGCCGAUGAGCGCCGGCCCGCUCCUGCCGCUAACGCCAAUGCGCAGGCGGGGGAAGUCAGGUCCACCCGGGAGAUGUGCGGCUACAACCACAGAGAGAUCCUCCCCCCUCAGCAGCAGCUAUGCUACACCCAGAGGGAGCGACCAAAGCUCCACCACAGUCUCAGCUUCUCCGGCUUCUCCACCCACCACGACCUGGAGUCCCCGCUGCUUGACAGCCCCACGUCGCGGACCCCCCCUCCGCCCACCUCCAGCUUCUACGACUCUGUUUCCUGCAUCAACAGCGCCUUCUCCUUCCCGGGACAAGACUUAAAAGCCUUACUGGCCCCGCUGGCCGUGCACACCUCCGGCAGCUACUCGAACAACCACUCGGCGGGUGCCCAGUAUAGGGGCGUGCAGGGCGGCGUGUGUCCACCCUCCCCUCCGGCGUACAACAUGAGCCACUUGCAGGCGCUGCGCCGCCUCAGUGAGUCGCCGGUGUUCGAGCCUCCCCCCAGCCCGCCAGACUCCCUCUCAGACCGGGAGAGCUACGCCAGCGGGUCCCUCAGCUCUUCAGGGAGCCUCAGCGGCUCCGAGUCUCCCAGUCUGGACGCCGGGAGACGUUUGCCAAUCUUCAGCAGGCUGUCGAUUUCUGAUGACUAAUUUUUUAAAAUGAUCAUGGAUUAUGGGUGGGUCCCAGCUUCCACCGUGCUGAAGUGCCUUUGAGCAGCAGUGGUGGUCCUGCUCUGACCUCCCUGGUGGGGGGCACAGCGAGGAAAGUUCCACCCGCAGGGAUCAAUAAGUGUCCUUGUUGUUUCUUUUCUUUGAUGUAAUAUAGCUGUAUUCAAACUUUAGAUAGCAAACAGAAGGCAUUCCAUCAGUGCCUUGCCCAAGGGUUCAUGCCAGCCCCCUUUUUUUUUGCAAGUUUUCCUGGGAUUAGUGAACAAGACUUGACAAGAUGAACAGACUGUAAGCGGGUCGAUUUCCUCCCAUCCUGCCAAGAAUAUGCCUUGACUCAAAAGUAACAUUUCUUUUUUUUUUUUUUUUCAAA